CACUUAACAGUUUAACGUACUAAUUCAUUACCUGUUCACAAAACCAAACCCUAAACCCUCUUUCUCAACAUGGGGCUUCUUCACAAGCAAAACCACGCCUUUGUAAUACUCCUCCUCCUCGGUCUCCUCGCAGUCUCUUAUGCUUGUGACUGUAGUGACCCUCCUAAGCCAUCUCCAAACCCGGUUAAACCACCUAAACAUCCCGUUAAACCACCUAAGCCCCCCACUGCCAAACCACCUACUCACACCCCAAAACCACCCACCGUUAAACCACCUACUCACACCCCAAAACCUCCCACCGUGAAGCCACCACCACCUCCAUUCACUCCACCACCUCCCACCGUGAAGCCACCACCACCUCCAACCGUGAAGUAUCCACCACCACCCACCGUGAAGCCACCACCACCUCCAUUCACUCCACCACCUCCCACCGUGAAGCCUCCACCACCACCCACCGUGAAGCCACCACCACCGCCAGCUCCAACACCACCGGUCGUAACCCCACCACCGCCAGCUCCAACACCACCGGUCGUAACCCCACCACCGCCGCCAACGUCAACCCCAGAGACGCCAUGUCCUCCACCACCACCUCCACCAACCCCAUGUCCACCUCCCCCUCCACAGCACGUACCAACACCUAAACCAGAGACUUGUCCAAUCGACGCACUGAAACUAGGCGCUUGUGUGGACGUGCUAGGUGGUUUGAUUCACAUUGGACUAGGGAAAACCUACGCCAAGGCAAAGUGUUGUCCACUUCUUGACGGUUUGGUGGGUCUUGACGCAGCAGUUUGUCUCUGCACAACCAUUAGAGCGAAGCUUCUCAACAUUGACCUCGUUAUUCCCAUUGCUCUUGAGCUUCUUGUCGACUGUGGUAAGACUCCACCUCGUGGCUUCAAGUGUCCAGCUCCAGUAAACAGGGCUCCUGCCUUGGGUUGAUCUAUUUCGUGUUUCAUUUGAUACACUGAAUAUUAAAAAAGGGUUUGAGACGUUAAGAUCUAGAUUCUUCUUUUAUGUUUUGCGAUAGCGAAGACAGUAAUUAAAAGGAUCUAAAUUUCGUUAUAUAUAUCUCUAAAAAUAUCAAGCAAAUUUUUAUGUAAUUGUAAGGUGAUUAUGUACGUUGAAAUAAUGUUAUAUGAAAUUCGAUUUUUAAAGGACAAAUUCACUCAA